UUAAUAUCCAUUCUCAAAAAAAAAAAAAAAACUUGAGCGCACAUUCUGCAACAAUGGCUGCUUCAUCAACAGCCACCGGAGCAACUACUGCUUACUACAUAGCUACUCGAAAUCACUUAUCAUCGACUUAUCGGCAUCCAAUACCACCUUCACUUUCAACGUAUCUUAAAGCAACAAAGCCACCCAAGAAAUUCCUACUCAUUAUUACGAAUUCCGGCGACGCAAGUGUUACUGCAACUGAAGAGGAAUCCGAGGUGCCGGUGGAAGUUCCUGAAAGGUCUCCAUCCCUUAUAUCAGCACUUAAUGUGGAGAAAGCUUUACGCGGCAUUGCAAUUACAGACGUCGAUCAUUACGGUAGGCUGGGGCUACGGAGUGGAUGUUCGUAUGAUCAGGUUAAUGUUGCUUUCAAGAAUAAGGUAACGGAAGUGAUGAAUAGAGGGCUAGCUGCAGAAGAACUCGACAAGGAAGUAGAGCUGUUAAAGGAAUCGCAUUCGAUUUUAUCAACGGUAGAGGAGAGACGGCUGUACGAUUGGAGCUUGGCUAGAAGCGGGAAACCUGAUAAAUACGUAUGGCCUUUUGAAGUUGAUAUUACUCAACCCCCAACCGAAAUCCCUCCCCCUCAGGAGCCAGACGAUGAAGGGCCAACAAGAUUGGUGGGAUACUUCAUUUUAAGCUGGUUAACUUUAUCCGUCAUACUGUUUAUUGUCAUCAAUCGUUAGCCAAAUAGUUACAUUAUUAUUCAUUUCUAUGUUUUGGGAAACAUAUAGUCUCCAAAAUAUAAUGUAAUUUUUAUGCAAAAAUAAAAAUGAUAUUCAGAUCCCUCCAUGUA